CCUGCAUUGUGAUCUGUGAAUUCCUCCCUUUCAAAUAGCAACACUGGCCUCCAUAACUUGUGAUUAUUACUAUUUAGCUAGGCACAUGAGGAUUGAGAUAACUUAAAAUGGUAGGGACUUGUUUGGUGGGUAAGGUGUGAAAUAGAGUAAUUAGUCAAGACAUAAAAUGCCUUCACUACUGCCAGGCCAAGCACUUCCCUGUGACUUAUCUCGUUAGUAAUUAACAAGCACACAUGCUUUGAUUAUAUGUUAAUCAAUAUUCUAAUGACUUCCACACCUUCCUAAUCUCUCCGUGUGUGAGAGAGACUCUCCAUGUGUGAGAGAGAGUGGUAGAUGCAGAAUUUGUGACUAGCAAGGGUUAAACCACGUGUAUUUUUAUAUUGAUAAGAAAACUUAUAUUUCACAACUAUAUAUUACUACUUGUGAGGUUCAAGGACGAGCUAAUUGUAUGUGCGUAGAUGUCAUUUAAUGUUAUACUUGUGACCUGAUCAAUAACUUGAAAUUUUAGCAAUUUUUUCCACAGCUAAGAAUUUUAAGAAACUUUUUCACAAGUUUUCUAAAUUAACAGAGCUUAACUAGUAUAAUAGAUGCGGAUAUUUGUAAUUGUGCAGGGCCCGGACACCCCCGGCACCCCCUUGUGUCCGUGGAGAGAGAGUAAAAUUAGCUCCUGGAUAAUAGGGGUGGUUCAGUUAGUACAUUCUGGUGUAGAAUGAAAAGCUUAAAAUAGGAAGUUGAACUGUAAAAAUAAGAAGUUGAACUGUAACAUUCCACCAGCCUCAAACCAAAUUAGCUAAAAGUUAGUUACAAGUUUAGUGGCCUUAUGUUCUGUUUCCUGACAUGUAUAAAUAUCUAGCUUCACUUUCAUUUCAGAUCAAAAAGCAAAAAAAACAAAAAAAAAGCUUACAUUCCAUCAUUCCCCUAAAAAAAUCGAGUCAAACAAAAAAAAACAAAGACAUAAAUCGAACGAGAAAAAUAGCUAUGGAAUUCAGUAUCGCAGCAAUUUCUAUCUUGUUAUUGUUAACUCAAGGCAUAGCAGCCCAGGCUGCUAUUUUUGAUGUAACCAAGUAUGGGGCCAAAGCUGAUGGCAAGUCGGAUAUUAGCCAGGCUCUAAUGAGUGCUUGGCAAGAGGCUUGUGCAUCAACGACCCCAAGCAGCACUGUUCUGAUUCCCGGAGGAACAUAUUUGUUAACAGCAGUGAACAUCGUGGGCCCAUGCAGGGCUCCAGUGGGGAUCCUGGUCCAAGGCACCUUGCUGGCACCGGCGGAUCCGGCCCAAGUGAAGGCCGAUGCCUGGAUCACAUUCGAACACAUCGAUCAGUUCACGCUUUCCGGUAACGGAAUUCUUGACGGCCAAGGCGCCAUCGCUUGGGCCCACAAUGACUGCAGCAAGAACGCCAACUGCGGUCCAAUUCCCAUGAACCUGAGGUUCAACUCCGUCACCAACUCAGUUGUUCGGGACAUCACUUCCAAGGACAGCAAAAACUUCCAUGUCAAUCUCCUCGGCUGCAACAACUUUUCUUUCCAGCACUUCACCAUCUCGGCGCCCGAAACUAGCCUCAACACCGACGGAAUCCACAUUGGACGUUCGACCGGGGUUAACAUAACCGACACAAACAUAAUGACAGGAGAUGAUUGUGUCUCCAUUGGCGACGGCAGCCAGCAGAUAAAUGUGGAAAGAGUGACGUGCGGGCCUGGCCAUGGAAUCAGCAUCGGAAGCCUCGGAAAGUACAAGGGUGAAAGUCCUGUCGUUGGUGUCACGGUCAGAAACUGCACUCUGACAAACACGCAGAACGGCGUGAGAUUGAAAUCGUGGCCUGAUUCCCCUGCUCCUGGUACUGCCUCAGACAUGCACUUUGAGGAUAUCAUUAUGAACAACGUCGGAAAUCCGGUCCUCAUUGAUCAAGAAUAUUGCCCGUAUAACCAAUGCAACCUAAAGAAUCCAUCCCUAGUGCAGAUCAGUCGAGUGAGUUUCAAGAAAAUCAGGGGCACCACCUCUACCAAGCUUGCUGUGAAGCUAGUUUGUAGCAGCAGCAACCCAUGCCAAAAUGUAGAGGUGGGUGACAUUGACCUGACCUAUACUGGAAAAGAAGGCGGCGCUGCCACUUCCCAAUGUGCCAACAUUAAGCCAAUCCUCUCAGGAAACCAGAAUCCAGCCACCUGUAACUCUGCUCAAUCUUCUUAAAUCUAGCUCAACAGAUGUAUAUAGACUAUAGAGAUACAUGUCAAAUUACAUGUAUUUUUUCCAGCAUCGGUGCUUAAAAGCGUCUGAUUGGCUUGCGAAUAAUUGUUGUAACGUAUUACAAAUCAUUGAGAACUACAUUCAGAUUAAUGAAAAUCUGAGUAUUAGUGGAAUUUGAUGGACCUCCAUUGUAGAAAAUCUUCCAUUAAAAAAAGUACUUUGUUUAAUCA